AUGGCAGGAUAUGGAUGGGGUCAUUUCCUGGUAGUCGCUGGCAUGGCCGAGGGCCCUCUGGUCUCUACUCUAAAGAACGUGCUGAGGGUGGGAGACCCUUGGGCCUUGUAUACACCGGUGCUCGGUUAUACUCACCAGUGCUCGGUAGUAUCCUCCCAAGCACUGGCCGGCCGGGCCGUUGUCUUGGCUGUGGCCCACCUCCUUUGCGACACUAGGGUAGAGAUUAUCAACGUCCACAGGGCGCAAAAGUCACGAAAGAAGCGCGUCGCCAUGCGUAGAGGCUGCCCAACGACAGGAGGGCUCGCCAUGUGGCAGCGGCCGACCAAGGCAUGCCCAGGGACGAGGAGAGGGUAG